ACCACCACCCAUAUGACUUGGGAAGAGUCAUACAGCCAAACUGUAUAUCCGCCAUGGCCGCUGAUCUUCUCAUGCCUUUGGUCUUCCUGUCGUCCCUGGUCUUCCUCCUCCUCGGCUUCCUCAAGAAGAAGAAGAGGCUGCCCCUUCCCCCUGGCCCCCCCACCUUGCCCCUCAUAGGCCACAUGCACAUCAUGGACCAACUCACUCACAGAGGAUUGGCCAGGCUCGCCAACAAGUACGGCGGCAUCAUGUACCUCAGGCUCGGGUUCAUGCCGACGGUCGUCGUUUCGUCGCCGGACGCGGCGAAGGAGGUCCUCAAGGAGCAGGACGGCGUCUUCUCCAACCGCCCCGCGACGCUCACCAUCCGGUACCUGACCUACGGCCUCGCCGACAUGGCCUUCGCCAACUACGGGCCGUUCUGGCGCCAGAUGCGGAAGCUCUGCGUCAUGAAGCUCUUCAGCCGGAAGCGAGCCGAGUCGUGGGCGUCGGUCCGGCACGAGAUCGACGGCCUGAUCCGGACACUGGCAGCCGGCGCCGGCACCACGGUCAACCUCGGCGAGCUCGUGUUCGCCCUCACCAGGAACAUCACCUUCAAGGCCGCGUUCGGUUCCGACUUCGAUGACGACCAGAACGUGUUUCUCUCCAUCCUCCAGGAGUUCUCGAAGCUGUUCGGGGCUUUCAACAUCGGCGACUUCGUCCCCUGGCUGGACCGCUUCGACCUGCAGGGCCUGAACAAGAGGCUGGAGAAGGCCCGGGGCUCGCUGGACCGCUUCACUGACAGGAUCAUAGACGACCAUAUGGCGAAGGCGAAGGGCAAAGGUGAGGACGGCUCGGACAUGGUGGACGAGCUCCUUGCCUUCCUCGGCGACCAGGCCUCGGCCGGAGCUGAAGACGUUCUCGACGAAAAUUCCGCCGCUUUGAAGCUGACGAGGGAAAACGUCAAGGCAAUCGUCAUGGACGUGAUGUUCGGUGGGACGGAGACAGUCGCGUCGGCCAUAGAAUGGGUAAUGGCGGAACUAAUGAACAACCCCAAGGAGAUGGAGAAGGUGCAAGAUGAGCUUAAGAGGGAAGUUGGUCUGGAGCGCCAAGUGGAGGAGAGCGACAUCGAGAGGUUGGUCCAUCUAAAGCGGGUGUUCAAGGAGACGCUGCGGCUGCACCCACCUAUUCCCGUCCUCAUGCACGAGACCGCCGAAGAAACGGAGCUCCUGGGGUACAGGGUGCCGGCGAGGUGCAGGGUGAUGGUGAAUGCCUAUGCGAUCGGCCGGAAUCCGGAAGCCUGGCCUGAUGCCAAUAAGUUUAUGCCGGACCGGUUUGCUUCCGAGGGCGCGCCCGACUUCAAGGGAAGCAAUUUCGAGCUCAUCCCCUUCGGCUCCGGCCGCCGGUCGUGUCCCGGGAUGCAGCUAGGCUUGUAUACACUGGAGCUGGCCGUGGCCCGAAUGGUUCAUUCCUUCACUUGGGCUCUGCCUGAUGGGAUGAAGGCCGGGGAGCUGGACAUGAGCGACACGUCUGGCUUGACGGCGCCUAGAGCAAAGCAGCUGGAGGCUGUGCCAACGCCACGCCUGCUCUAGCUGUUCCGUGUUUGUUCUUCGGUGAUUUUCAAUCUCGGGUAUUGUAAUUACGUCGUAUUCCGGUCGCCGGAAAACUAAAACAUAAACAUGUUUUUUUUUUUGUUUUUCUUUUCUUAUUUGACAUUGUAAGUGGGGGUUGAUGUCCGGACUAUUGGAAGUUAUGAGAACUAAUAAAAUCCCAACUGUUGGACUCA